AUGCUGCGUUAUGGGCUGCGUGCCGCCGCACGCACCCGCGCGCCGGAUGCUGCGACGCUGCCAUCGGCCAAACCGGCCUUUGCUUUGCGUCCGUACCAGAUCGAGUGCGUCGAGACGUGCCUCGAGGCGAUUGGCAAUGGGGCGAAACGUAUUGGCGUCUCUUCGCCUACAGGGAGUGGAAAGACGACCAUGUUCACUGAGCUAUUGGCGCGAAUUCCGUCUGAGAAAGGGCGCAGCCAAGCACUCAUCCUUGUCAACGCCGUGGCACUGGCCGAGCAGGCCAGCGAGACGGUCGAGCGAAUGCUGCCUCAUUUGCGUGUAGAGAUCGAGCAGGGUGCAAAGUACAGGGCAUCAGGUACGGCAGAUGUCACAGUCGCGACGGUCCAAUCGCUCAAGAAUGCAAGUCGCCUGGAAAAGUACGAUCCUUGGAAGUUUAAAUGCGUCAUUGUAGACGAGGCGCACCACUCGACCUCGGCGACGUACCGUGCGGUCCUUUCGCAUUUCAACAGCGAUAUUCCGUGCGACGAGCCUGAGAUCGACGUUCCUGUACGCGUUCCCAUCAUCGGUUUCUCUGCGACGUUUAGCCGCCACGACGGCCUCGCGCUCGGAACCGUAUUCGACCAAAUUGUCUUUCACAAAGAUUUUCUUGCUAUGAUUGAAGAGCAAUGGUUAUGCCCGCUGCGGUUCACGGCCGUCCAAGCGGAGUUUGACCUGACCAAGGUUGCAACGACCGGGGCCGACUUUAACGUCGCCUCGCUCGCAAAGGUCAUCAACCGCCCAGCUAUUACCGAGCUAAUUGUCAGGACCUGGCUUGGCAAAGCCUAUACCCACCGGCGGUCCACGCUCGUCUUUGCUGUGAAUAUCGACCAUGUAAAUACGCUCGUCGCUGAAUUCACAAGCCGCGGCAUCGACGCACGCGGCAUACACUCUGGCAUGCAUUUGGAAGAGCGGCGAGUGACUCUGGCCGCUUUUCGUGCUGGCGAGUUUCCGGUCCUGAUCAACUGCGCGAUCCUCACCGAAGGCGCAGAUGUCCCUCCUAUUGACUGUGUACUCCUGGCGCGCCCGACCCAGUCCCAAAACCUCUUUUCUCAAAUGAUUGGCAGAGACGACACGGUGGAGUCACUCAAGGCGCGAGCUCAGCCAAAAGUCUGUGGGACGCUCCCGAAAGUGCAAUGGGAGGCGCCGCUUCCGUCGUCCUUUACUUUUGUCGACUUUGAAAAUCCGGCUGAGCUGUACACCGCCAUGCAAGCACGUCCAAGCCGUGCCAUUGACGAAAUUUCGCCAAACGCGUGGGUCGACUGUGGUGGGGACACGUACGUCCUGUCGACCUAUGACCAGAGCUAUGUUAAAAUCCACCGCGAAGGAAAAGACUAUAUUGGCACGCACUACCCCCGCAAUCCGGGCUUUGACUGGACUGACAUUGCGGCCAAGAAAGCCGGCUCUCCCUACUGGCAGAAGCGGGUCGUACUCCAAUCCGAAGACCUAGGGCACGCCAUCCGCGGCUGCGACACCUUUAUGAGCAAGCUCGUCACUGCAUCCGCAUUGCAACGGAAGCUGCAAAGCAAAGGCGAGGUGGACGACGACGCGAAGCCGUGGGCGAAUGCCACGCAAGGCACAGUCAAUACCAUCCUCACACGACUGGCGCACGGAACUAAGAACCGCUGGCGCCACGCUGCCAAGGCACACAACAAGAGAGCAGCGCGUGCGCAGCGCACCAACCCCGCGGUGAGCAUCCUGCGCAUUGGGCGCAAGAUCAUCAAAGCGUUCAAGCGCCAUCAGCAGUCGGCCGGUAUGGGUGCUGGCAUGGGUGCUGGCAUGGGUGCUGGUAUGGGCGGUGGUAUGGGCGGUGGCAUGGGCGGCCAGGGCCCCUUUCCUCCCCAAGGCGGCUUCCAGCAAGGCGGAUAUCCCUCGCAGGGUGCUCCGGGUGGACCGGCGCCCCAUACCCAGGAGAUUCUCGGCACGAACAAUAUCCAUGCGUUUGACGACAAUAAUGUAAACGCACAAAAUCCGCAGUACAAGGACCUGCGGAACCGCGCCCGGUCGGAGGGUGACAAAAUGGCGCAUGCGUUUGACGCGUCCAAGGCUGCCUACAACCACGGCGAUGGUGGGCGCGCGAAGCAGCUCAGCGACGAAGGCAACAUGCACAAGCACAACAUGGAGCAACUCAACGCGCAAGCCGUGCAGUGGAUCUUUGCCGCGAACAAUGCAGACUCGCCGCCUGGAACGGUGGAUUUGCACGGUCUCUACGUUAAGGAAGCGCUUGUCAAGGUCGACGAAGUAAUCCGUCAGGCUCAGGCACAAAAUUUCCCUCAGCUGCGCCUGAUUGUCGGCAAGGGUAUUCAUUCCAAGGACCACGUUACGAAAAUCAAGCCGGCCGUCGAGGACCUCUUGCGCAAGUACAAUAUUGCUGCGCACCUCGACCGCCGGAACCAGGGUGUGCUGGUCGUCGACAUGAACGGUCCUCGCGGCGGCGGCAGCGCCGAGUUCACUCGCGACAUGGCGCGCAACGCGACGGGCAACGACCAGGAGUGUGUCAUUAUGUAA